AUGGAAUACAGACUACCAAAGCUAUCUGCGGAUUCAGACGGCGAUCUCAGGGCAGCUCUCAGCCGUAUGGUCCGCCUGUGGGGAGUUGAACCAUCGCAGUUACCAUCUUCAUCCUCGCCGUCGGGCAAUCUCAUUCCACUACUCACGGCCACGUGGACGGAGGCGGUGUAUUUCAUCAGCAAUGUUCAUCCGGAGUCCGGCACCAAGACAUCGCCAUGGCGUCCCACGGGCGUCAAGACAUUUCCCAACUCGGAUGCCCCGGUACACUUGUACAACCGGGUUGUGUCGACGCCAGAACUCGUUCGCAUUUGCGAGGAGCACAGCAUCACGGACACGGAGGACAGAGACUUGCGACCAGAGGUAUGGGCUCUGCGGCGGAGUGUCCACGAGAAUGCCGCAGCAACGGGAACAGCCGAGUGGGCAGAAUGGGUUCGCUGCUUCAAGGACAACCACGCCCAGGCGGAGAGGGACUUUACCCCCGCGGUAUUGAGCACCGCGCUGAUGAAGAAUUGGAAGUGCAGGGACAUCAAACUUCAGCUCGCCGGCCGGACUUGGGUCGAUUGGACCAUGAAGUGGGAGGAGUCUGUGCAUGAGCUUCCUUUCCCGCUGCGCAAGCGCGUCUUUCCUGUUCUGCAGGUGACGGCCAUGACGGAUGACAGGCGGGAGUUCAUGGUUGUUCAGAUUGCCGUCAAGGACAAUGAUGCAACCCCUCGGAAUGGGGGCGCUGUUCUGGGCGCUUACACCAGCGUCGAGAGGUUCUGUCAAACCGAGAAUGGUGUUGAAUGGAUCAUGGCCACGGUUUCAGAUGCGAGAGGUGUCGUGCCCGGAUGGAUACAGAGGAGAGCCGUGCCAGCCCAAAUCGCCAAGGAUGUUGACAUGUUUUUGGCCUGGAUCGCAGAGGAGAGGAAGAGGCUUUCGGGGGCAGCUGACGGUGCAUCAAGCUCGGCCCAUGAUUCAGCGCUGGCUCCGUAA